GCAAGAUCAAUUAAUCCCUUAAGAAAUGGGCAGUGAAAAUAAGCCUUUGCAAAUAAAUUUCUGGGUUUUCUAUUUCCUUCUCUUUCUUCACAUGGUAUCCUUUUGUAUAGUUUCCACUUUGUAUUACAAAAGGGUUUCUUUUCCAGUAUCCUCUUCCCAUGAAACAUUCAAAGACUCAUCACCACCGUCACCUCGCCUUCUUCCACCACCAAAGUCAAACGCCGAGGCCGCCGGUGCCGGUUUUCAUGGAGCUUCCAAAGUUACUGGAAUGUCUUUGGAAAAACAAGGGGUUUAUCUAAUUCACAACAUGAGCGACACAGAGUUGCUAAGGAAGGUUUCUACCCCAAUUCCGCAAAUUUUUGUUCCAAAAGUGGCAUUCUUGUUCUUGACACCGGGUCCUCUGCCUCUUGCACAAUUGUGGGAAUUGUUUUUCUUAGGCCAUGAAGGACGUUACUCCAUUUACAUUCAUCCUAAUCCUUCUUACAAGGACACAUGGCCUCCAAAUUCCGUGUUCUAUAAUAGAAGAAUACCUAGCAAGUCAGUUUCAUGGGGGGAAACGAGCAUGAUUGAUGCGGAAAGAAGGCUUCUAGCAAGCGCUCUUCUUGACAUUUCCAACCAAAGAUUCGUGUUACUCUCCGAUUCAUGCAUUCCGGUAUUCGACUUCAUCACCAUUUACGAUUACCUCAUCAACUCCACCCAAAGUUUCGUCGCAUCGCAGGAUGACCCGAGAGAGACGGGUCGCGGCCGGUACAGCCCGAACAUGAUGCCCCACAUCACCGUCGAACAAUGGCGAAAAGGGUCUCAGUGGUUCGAAGUCCACCGUGAUCUGGCCGUCCUGAUCGUCUCCGACCGAAAAUACUACAAUAUUUUCCGGGAGCAUUGUCGCGAACCCUGCCUGUGUGAGGAACAUUACUUGCCGACUUUGGUCAACAUUCUUCACCCGGAAAUGAACACGAACCGAACCGUUACUUGGGUUGAUUGGUCCCAGGGCGGGCCUCAUCCGACCACAUACGGUCGGCGAAAUGUCACCAGCGAAUUAAAAAGAAUCCGGAAGCACGCUGACUGCACCCACAAUGGAAAGGAGCAUGCAACCUGUUUCCUUUUUGCCCGGAAGUUUUUACCGGAUACAAUUGAGCCAUUGAUUUAGGUUUUGAUCCCAUCAAUGUGAAUCUAAUAUGAUUUCAUUGUGCUGAUCAUGAUAAGUAUUACUUGGAAUUUGCAGUUACAUAUUUUUUUCCCCCUUUCAUGGUAUUACUUAUUAAUUUUGUUACGGUACUUGAGAAGUUGUAUUAAGAGC